UUUAAAUAGAUGUACCAAUUCUCUUACAAAGGACGUUAAUAAGAAACUUAGAAAACGUGAAAGUACGAAGAUGACAACUUCACUUGUAUUCCUUGUUAGCUUGCUUGUUAUAUUUGUCGCAGUUGUGAAUCAGACAAGAGCAGAUUCAUGCAACGACAGCCUAGGCACUUGUGAAAACUGCGACGAAAGAUGUAAAACCAAACACGGGCCAUCGACCAUGAGCAAAUGUGAUGGAUCAGUUGGGUUAUUGUUGUGCACAUGCACUUACGAGUGUGCACCACUUGCAUCUUCCAAAAUUUGCAGCGGUGGAACUGGUUUGUGCACUGCAGAUUGUCCUGAAAAAUGUUGUGAUACGAACUGCGCAGAAAAAUAUAAUAGUGGACGUGGAUCUUGUAAUUUCCUUGGUAACUAUAAUUUGUGCCAAUGUGAGUACAAAUGCUAAGACCGGUUUGAUAGAAUU